UAAACCAUAGUCUGUAUGGCUUCAUUGUGGUGUGCAGAUGGUAAUGGACUGACAAAGGUGAACUCUGGUGUGAAGAAGAAUGAUGAUAAAGUGGAAUACGACUUUGAUUUUGAUGCAAGUGCUGCUCCUCCGUUUAAGAUUGCUGAUAUUCGGGCUGCAAUUCCAGCACACUGCUGGGUCAAGAACCCGUGGCGAUCUAUGAGCUAUGUUGUGAGGGAUCUCAUUGUGGUUUUUCUCUUGGCUGCUUUGGCAGUUUAUGUAGACAACUGGGCAUUUUGGCCAGUUUAUUGGGCUGCACAAGGGACAAUGUUCUGGGCAAUCUUUGUUCUCGGACACGACUGUGGUCAUGGAAGCUUUUCAGAUAGUGUGACACUCAAUAGUGUGGUUGGGCAUGUCCUUCACAGCUUGAUCCUAGUCCCUUAUCAUGGCUGGAGAAUCAGCCACAGAACUCACCAUCAGAACCAUGGCAAUGUUGAGAAAGAUGAAUCAUGGGUGCCGUUGUCGAAGAAUCUAUAUAACAGCCUUUCUGUUACAACUAAGUUCUUCAGAUUCAAAAUUCCUUUCCCUCUGUUAGCCUACCCGAUAUACUUGAUUUGGAGAAGCCCGGGAAAGAGUGGCUCACAUUUCAAUCCUUAUAGUGACCUGUUCCAUUCCAGUGAAAGGAAACAAAUUGUUGUCUCAAGUCUUUGCUGGAGUUUAAUGGCUGCCAUUCUUAUCGCCUCAUCUAUCAUAGUAGGCUUUGUUCAAAUGAUUAAGGUCUAUGGAGUCCCAUACAUGAUUUUCGUGGUUUGGCUGGAUUUGGUCACAUAUUUGCAUCACCAUGGCCACGAUGACAAGCUCCCUUGGUAUCGCGGCAAGGAAUGGACUUAUCUAAGGGGCGGACUAACCACUAUUGACAGAGACUACGGCGUGAUCAACAAGAUCCACCAUGACAUCGGGACCCAUGUCGUUCACCAUCUCUUCCCCCAAAUGCCUCACUAUCACUUAGUAGAAGCGACCAAGGCGGUUAAGCCGAUAUUGGGGCAGUACUACAGAGAACCAAUGAAGAGUUCAGGUCUCAUCCCAUUUCAUCUGCUUGGGAAUCUUAUGAAAAGCAUCAAGGAAGAUCACUAUGUCAGUAACGAAGGAGAUGUUGUGUUUUACCAAACCGAUCCUACACUUUUCGGUUUCGCAGAGCCAACCAAGACUAAAUAAGUUCCUUUAUCAUGACACCCCCCCUGCAGAUGCAGCUUCAUGAUCUAUCUAUCUAUCCAUGUAGUUUGUACAUGUUUGUUUUGUCUUCUAAAGUAUGAACAAACCAGUACCUUUUAUUUCUUAGUUAAGUAAUUUGAGUUCAGAUGCAUGUCACCUUUUGGACCCCAUGAAACUUUAUGUAACAAAUGGGAUUAAAUAAUUGAGGUCAUCCGUUUGAUCCA